GCUCUCGGGGGCGGGGGGGGGCAGUCCUGGCCCCGACCCUCCGCGCGGGUGGGCUUGGAGCAGGCCGCACCGAUUUAUAACUCCACUCCCACCCGGAGGCCCUCUGCCCUCUUCCCCUCCCCGCUCCCCCUGCCCCCUCGGCUCAUGGUGCGAGGCUGGGAGCCGCUGCCCGGGCCGGACCGUGUUCCGAGCAAUGUAGACUGCCUGUGAAAUGGAGGCUAGGAGAAACAGUUCCUUCCCAGGCCGCUCCCACAUCCCCAUGACGACCCCCAGGCAACCUCAACACACAGAACCGGACUGAGAGGUUUAGGAGAGACUGCCCCUGACUCGUGCCCAGCCACAGACAGAAAACCAACCUGGAAACCAGGAGCCCAAGUCCUCAGCAGUUCCCGGUUGUUGCGUCUUAACUCGAGACUUCUAAACUGAAAGAAGACUCAAGCUGAGACCUGUUUGCUAUCUGUGAAGGGUACAAAUCAGAAUACAGCAUGCCUCCUAAUAAAGAGGCCAGCAGACUUAGCCCAACAGCAGGGCUCAUCUGCCUACCUCCAAUCUCUGAGGAGAUCCAGCUUGUGUGGACCCAAGCAGCUCAGACCAGUGAGCUGGACAGCAAUGAACACCUGCUUCAGACCUUCAGCUACUUUCCCUAUCCCAGCCUAGCAGACAUUGCCCUUCUCUGUCUACGUUAUGGGCUGCAGAUGGAGAAAGUCAAGACUUGGUUCAUGGCCCAGCGCCUCCGAUGUGGCAUUAGCUGGUCAUCUGAAGAAAUAGAAGAGACACGAGCCCGAGUGGUCUACCAUAGGGACCAACUCCAUUUCAAAUCCCUUCUCGCUUUUACUCAUCAUGCAGGGCGACCCCCAGAGGAGGCAUCUCCAAUGCCAACUGAACAACUUGGUCUUGGCAUAGGUCCUCUGACGCUUAGUGAGCCUACCCAGAUGAAGGGAUUGAAGGUUGAGCCUGAAGAGUCCUCUCAGAUCCUACCUCUGCCAUUGAGUCAUCAGAAAGCAAAGGAGCCCCUGAUGACACCUGGCAGUGGAGCAUUCCUCCACCAAUCAGAUAUUUUGCAGGAUAUCCAGAGCUGUGGCCUUUCCAAGGAGCAGGCAUGUAGGGCUCCUGAGCAGUCAGCUGGCAUAGGUUCUGCUUCCUGGAACAACUCCACAACUGUCCAACAGCCACAUGCUCAAAUUAAGCCCAAACCAAUCUCAAUACUUGCUAGUAGUUGUAAGGAGGAGUCAACAUCUAGUGUGACUCCUUCUUCCUCUACCUCUUCUUCCUCUUUCCAGGUACUGGCUAAUGGAGCUACUGCCACCUCUAAGCCCCUCCAGCCACUGGGCUGUAUCUCGCAGUCACUCUCACUCAGUGAACAGGGACAACCCUCACAUCUGGAGCCAGCCUGGUCCCAUGGGCUAAGGCCUAAUUCAGCUGCAGGUAGGGGUGGCCUCACAGAAUACCUUUCCCCAGAUAUGCAACGCCAGCGAAAGACUAAGCGCAAAACCAAAGAACAGCUGGCUAUCCUCAAGUCCUUCUUUCUACAGUGCCAAUGGGCACGGCGGGAAGAUUACCAUAAAUUGGAACAAAUCACUGGUUUACCUCGACCUGAAAUCAUUCAGUGGUUUGGUGAUACACGCUAUGCCUUAAAGCACGGACAAUUAAAAUGGUUUCGGGAUAAUGUAGUACCUGGCGCCCCUAGUUUCCAAGACCCAAUGAUUCCUACACCACCUUCAACCCGCUCCUUGAAAGAAUGGGCUGAAACACCACCUCUGCCAACCCCUCCACCCCCCCCUGAUAUACGACCCUUGGAGAAGUACUGGGAAGCUCACCAACAGCUCCAGGAAGCUGACAUUAUUAAAUUAAGCCAGGCAUCUAGGCUUAGCACUCAGCAAGUACUGGACUGGUUUGAUUCUCGAUUACCUGAGCCAGCUGAGGUGGUAGUUUGUCUAGAUGAAGAAGAAGAGGAAGAAGAGGAGGAACUGCCAGAAGAGGAUGAGGAAGAAGAGGAGGAGGAAGAAGAUGGUGAUGAUGAUGAUGAUGAUGUGAUUAUACAGGACUGAGGUGGGGGCGGCUAGGGAAAAAGGAAUCUGUUACUAAAAGAUGAACCAAUUUAGUAACUGCUUAAACAAAGAAACCACAUUUUUAUAAUUGCCUUGUAACAAAGAAC